AUGUCGAAGUCGAAACGUUUUAAACGUGAAUCGACAACAUUUGAAUAUUUACCUAAUGAAAUUUGUGUUGAAAUCUUCAGUUAUUUAAAUGGUGUCGAUACUGUCUAUGCUUUUUCAUCACUUAAUCUUCGUUUUCAAUCUUUAAUAAACAAUUAUGUCGAUAUUUUUAAUUUCAAAUCUAUAAGUAAAAAGAAGUUUGAUUUUGUUAUUCAACAUCAUCAUAAUAUACAACAAUGGCGAUCGUUAUGUCUUUCGAAUAAUGAUGAUACACCAGGACAAAUAAAACUAUUUUGUCAGUUAAUUCCGUCUAUUAAUUAUAUUCAUCAAUUACAAUCAUUAACUAUUUUAAAUGCACAAGAUAAAGAUACAGAGAAAUUCUUAUUGAAAAUUUCAUCAUUCAAUAAUCUUGUUUCACUAUCUAUUGAGAACGUUUGUGGAGUUAGUAUUCAAUCAAUAAACUUACCAACAUUACAACGAUUGACUCUUACUUCAUGUAAAUAUACAAGUUGGUUAAUGAAUUGUUCAUCUUUAAAGAGUUUUGAGUACACAAUUGCACAAAAUUGUCCUCACGAACAUAAAUUGGUGUUUCCAAAAACGUUAACACGACUUAAAAUAUAUUAUAAUGAAUAUUCAGAUGGAAAAAAUUUUCGGAAACUACUACGUCAAAUGUCAAACUUAAAAAUACUUGCUUUAUUUAAUAAAUCAAUUUAUAGUCCAAUGCCAAAUGGUAAAAUUUGGGAAGAACUAAUUAAAUCAUCGUUACCAUUAUUAAAAACUUUUCAAUUCUAUUUUCCAUAUAGUCGAUAUUCUAAUUCAUUAGAUGAUUUGAAUACAAUGAUAGAGUCAUUUUCUACUCCAUUUUAUUUAUUAGAAAAACGUUGGUUUGUUCGAUGUGAUCGAGGUGCAAAAUAUUCUUACAAAGAAUUUCUUUAUUCUUUACCUUUCGCUUUUCCAGAACUACUAAUAGAUACACCGGCAUGUAAAACAAGUAUUUCUACACUACCUGCUAUUGAUAUUAAUGAUAUUAAAAGUAAUUAUUAUACGAAAAUAAAUACAUUAAUACUUAAUGAACCACGUGAAGAACCACCUAUUUACUUGCUUCCAUCGAAUAUUAUUUAUCUGACUGUCAAUGCUACACUUUCAAAAAAUUGGUUUUAUUUAUUAAAAGAAUUACAUUAUUUAGAUAUUCAACAUGGUCCAUAUAUGUCAUCAAAUGAUUUUGCACAAUUACUGGAACAUACACCUAAUCUUCAAUCAUUGGUCAUUUCGACUGAAAAAUUAAAAAAAUUCACAGAUGAUUUUCAACAUAAAAUUGUUUGUCAAUAUUUAUCAGAACGAAUUAAGUCAUUAACUAUAACUGAUUCUGACUAUAAUUACAAUGAAUCAAAUCUAGGUUAUGUUAGUAUAGAUGCACUUUCUUCACUUGCUCGUAUUUUAUCAUCAAAAUGUGAACAUUUAUCAUUAGGUAUAAUGGCAAAGCCAAAUACUGUUCGUUCGAUAUUAAGACGCAUGAGACAAUUACGUAGUUUACGUAUUCGAUGGUCACGAAAUUUUACUGUAUUAGAGUGGCUUCAAAAACAAUCAACAGAUUCUACAGCUUUAGAUUUUGUUCAUAUGAACGAUAAACAAGAAUUUUUUGUAUGGUUUGGAAAUCGUUUUUAA